ACAUAUUCUCUAUAGUAAACACGCAAAAUCCGAAAAUGAAUAUGGAAUAAUCUAGAAUCAUAUCAAGUAGUGAAGUUGAUUUGUGAUUAUUAAAAAUUGCAUCAUGCUUGUAUCAGAAAGUCAAUACCGGUGUUUUAUUAUCGUUCUCAAGAAAAUAUUUGUGUAGUUCUUUAAUAGCACUUUAAGUGUAAAAUAUUUCUGUCUGUCAUGGUCAGCAUUGUUUUACAGUCUAAAUAUUACGCAGUUUUAAGAACUUAAACUCACAAAAUUCCUAUCGAAUUUCAAUAUCUGAAAACGAUUUGCAUUUAUUACAACAUAAAAUGAGUGUUAUAUCGGGGGUACUUAAUUACAUUCCAACGGCGCGUUUUGAAAUUUUGGAUAUAAAUCAAAAUGAAAUUUCCUCUGCAAAGGGAAAGAAGAGAAGACUCGACCAUUUAACAUGGGAAGAAAAACUACAACGCAAAAAAUUGAAAAAUAGGGUUGCUGCCCAAACUUCAAGGGAUAGAAAGAAAGCCAAAAUUGAUCAGAUGGAAAAGACCAUUGAAGAACUGUUUAAGAAGAAUGAGAAGUUAAUAGCAGAAUGCAGUGACCUUAAACAACUAAAUCACAAAUUGAUGAAUGAAAAUGCAUCAUUACGCAAAGAACUACAGGCAGAAUGUAAAAAUUAUGGCCAAAAUGGUUCUGUUGGGUUUGAAGCUCAGAAAGGAUCUGCAGAAUCCCUCCCUCUGCCGCAGGGUCUGAAGCAAAAAUACCCAGUAGAAACAUUGAAUCCACAAAUACUAGUGACAGUACUAUGGAAGACUGUUUUGGCUUGCCUUCUUUACCAGACUUGCUCAACGAGCUCGACAAUGAUGUUGACAUUGAAUCCCUCGAAAAACUCACUCAAAGCCUCCUACAAGAUAUCGCAGCAGAUUUGGAAGCAGCUUCUCAAAAGACAAAUAAUGAAGAAUCAGUUGCUCUUCAAGAAUACAAGGUCAACAAAAGAGUGGUGGGGUCCACAUCAGAAAAUGUGGAAUCCAGUGGAUGUGAAAGUGUAGUUGUUUCUGAUAAGAAGCUGGAAGAUGAAAUCGCACCAUUUCUAUUGUUACAUCACAACUACUCUGCCAAACCAGACACUGAGCCAUUGAAAAAGAUACAAAAUCAAAAAUUAAAAGAAAGUUACUCCCGACGAUUAUAUCAAA